AUGGCGGCUUCCUCUGCGAUUCGCAUGGUCUUGCAAAAGCAGGUUGGGUUGAUACGUCGAGGAUUAUUUGGUGAGUUUUUUUAUCAUUUGCCCUAAACAGAGUUUUUCAUGAAACUGCUUCCGCUGCUGGAUUGAAUUAAGUUUACGCAAGAGUGUGAAAUAAGCGAGGUUCUUGCAGCAGCAUCAGUUUUUGAAAAUCUGCUUGCAUAACCGAGUUAAGAAAUAGCCGGUUUAGUUAUUUUCACUGACUUUUUUGCUACACUUAAAUUAUGAUCACAUGGUCUUAUUGCACAGGUAUCCCAAGCAGAUGGCUGCAAAAGUCCUCCCAUAACUUAUCGGAGGAGAAACAAAACUCAGCGGACAGUCGGUAGGCGGCAGAUUAUUGUGUUAUGAGACUAUCAGACUAUCACUGAUGUUAUCAGACAAAUCAGUUUACUGCGCCCUUUUGAUUACGUAGAAAUUCUUUAGGAAAAAAACUCUACAUGCAUAGCUGUUACUGAGCUUUGAAUCAAACAAAAUAAAAAUAAACCUUGCCAAUAAUAAAUUAUGAACACAUUUUACACUGGAAUUUUGUAUAUAGCCGUCUUUUAAAAAUCACAGGCGGCCCAAGCUCACGUCUCGAGAGAAAGCAAACGAUUAAUUCAUGAAAACGUCACGCGUAGUGUGACUCAUUGUUAAGUUAAGAGAGGGACCGUUGAGAAUUGAAACACGUUAUAAGGAGUAGUGUGGGGAACGAAUUAUGAUUGAUUUAUUAUUCCUGUUACAAAUAGGCUGCCAUGUCUACUAAAAGGAAUGGAAAGUGGCUGUUGUAAUUGUAGUGAGGUGGUUGUUGAAAUUCUUGAUGAACGUUUAUUUUCUUUCCUCUCUAUUACUAUUUCCAAAUUCUGAUAUUUUUCUUAAUGGAAAAGAAAUUACUACUGCUUGUGAUUUUUGAUGAAUAUAGAAAUGAAGCAUUUGACAGUGCAAGUACUGAGAGUGCAAACAAGAAAUACUUUGGUGAUGAUGAUGGAGCUGCCUUUAUUGAUGCAGAUGAAGAUCAAGAAACAGAUGUGCGAGAACACAUCCUUAAUGCUGCACUUGAACAUGUGCACGAGUUAGGUUGGAGUUCAGAAGCUAUAGAAGCUGGAGCAAGUGCUGUGGGGCUGUCUGCAAUGGCAGAGGGCAUGUUCCCUCGAGGUGCUGGGGAUUUAGUCCUUCAUUUCACUGAGGACUGUAAUGUUCGUUUGGCAGAUCAUCUUGUUUCACAGUCUAAAUCAGCAGGGAAGGAGGAAACAUCUGGAGUCCCAUUGUUAGUGCUGUUAAGAUGUUUUUUUCAAUUUAGAGUAAAUUUGAUUCUGUGUCCCAAGGAUACUACUUACAAGUAAAUAUAUCUUACUAGACAUUCUGGUCUAUGGUAGGGUUGAGAAUUUUUAUGAAUGGUGCUUCAUUUGACAAAGAGUUAAAAAUAAUCAAUGAUACUACACACCAAAGUGCCUAUUUAGUUAUUUACUAUCCAACUGCUCUAUUUUAUGCGCAUUUCUUAUCAGGUAAGAAAAGUGAGGCAGAUAGAGACUGAAGUGAAGCAUGCGCUGCUGAUCAGUUAAACAGGUUUUUUCCAAGACAAAAUAACGAUCAUGUGAUAUUUAUAUUGAAUUUGUGCGUUAUUUGUACUCUACUUAGUGCAGUUGGAUAAUAAAUCUUAUUCUUUUUACAUGUGUUCAAAUAAUAGUUUUGUUCAUUGUAAUCAUGUAAUCUCCAUGGCUCUUUGUAAGUAAUGCAGGCCAUUUUCGCCAUAAUUGCCAAUAAACUGCACUUGGGGUUAAAUUUGAGAUUUUGAAAAUAUAUUAAGAAGAGAACAUGCAUUUUUAAAUUUUUUAUUACAUCAAAUAGAUUAGUUAUCAAAUGUAAAUUGUAAAAGUCAUUAAUUAGUUUCACUUAGUUGAAUUAAUUCAACUUUAUUCAGGCGAAAGAGUUCUCAGAUGAUAAUCCGUGAUGCUGUGGAAGUGCGACUGAGAAUGCUCAUUCCAUUUAUUGACCAGUGGCCUCAGGUAAGUAACAUGCCUGUCUAGAUGUCAACUGACUUGAUAAUGUAAAGAGUUUCAAAGCUGAGGUUUUGAGUGUUAGCCCUUUUUUUAAGGCAAUUGCGGGAAUUGUGGGUUGUAUGUGUGUUUAUAUGCAGAAAAUGGAGCAACCCUAUUGGUAGGAAUAUGGUGAUGAGAAAACAAGAAGGAAUAUUUUAAUGAAAAGCACUUGUUGAUACCAUGUGCAUUAUGAGUGCUGAUUUGGAAGAUAAAUUUUUGUUCUAGAGUUUUGCAGCUGCUAAGAAUGGUUAGGGAGAUUAAAGUAUCUAGUGACUGGUUUGGAUGCCACCUUGUCAUUUCUUUGUACAUUGUUAAGGUGUUCUUGGAGAUGCAGAAAGAAAUUGUACUUUGUACUUUUGUAAAACAAUGAGGGGACAAGGGUUAAUUACUAUGGAAGAGUGCGGAGCCUUGAAGGACAGCACUUUGACAAACUUUUUUGAUAAAAGAGAUGAGAUGUGCACCCAAAACUCAACUUUUAUUAUUUUGUGAAAAUGUUACAAUUGACCAUUCAGCAAAAAAUAAAAAAAACUAUUAGCCACCCUGGUGACCAAAAUGGUUGCAGCUAGGAUUGCUAAUCUGGAACUUCAAGAAGGUCCUAGUUGUCUUGUAAACAAUUGUUCCUUUAGAAACCCUCAGAGUGUUGCAGUUCAGGCUAGAGGUACCUUACAUAGCUGGACUCCAGAAAUUAAUGUGGAAGGCAUGCUUACCAGGGUCAGAAAGGAUAUUAACAAAAGUAUUGGACAUGAAAUUAAAGGAGUAAAGAGUCAUAAAGGCUGAAAUUCUCAAGGGCUGUAUGUGUUUAAACCUGAAUGUCAAUGGAUUUGUCCAGCUUUGUUGUGAUAAUAUUAUUAUUAUAUUACAAUAAUAAUAAGUUGUGUUUUUAUAGAUGAUGAAUGUUAGUUGCAUCUUAAAGGUUAAUUGCCAAUUUUCUGUUCCCUUUUUGCACACAGGCCAUGGGUUUGAUGUUAUUACCUCAGAAUGCUCCUGAUGCCUUGAAGAAUGUUGCAUAUUUGGUAGAUGAGGUAUGGUAUCAUGCUGGUGACACCUCAACAGAUGUAAGAAGUGAAAACAUAAUACCUUGCUUUUAAAUUCAAUAUCAAAUGAUGUAUUUGUCAGCAGCAAAAAUAUUUCCCACACAAACUCAAUUUUACUUGACAUGGAAAUAACAAUAAUUAGAGAUCUGAAGUAACAAUUUUCAAAUCAUCAAAUUACUUUCUCUCCCUGCAUUAUAAUAUGAAGGUAUUACCACCCCUGCCUUGUCUCAUGAUAGUUACUUUCAAUAUAUAUAUAAAACCACAUUCAAAAUGACUACAUCAUGAAAAAACUGCUUCUGUAUUCUCUAUAGUGGAUAACCACAAUGUGUAUGAAAUUGAUAUCAAGCAAGUUAAUUUGCCACAAAUACAACUUGUGGUAACUGUAUGGGUAUUAAAGUCUUGUGUCAUAACAGCCAUGAAGUAAAUCAAUAAUUAACUAAUAAUGUGUAACACCUUACAGGUAAACUGGUAUACAAAGAGAGGAGUAUUGGCAGGACUGUAUGGUGCCACAGGUCAGUUAAAACCAUGAAGAUAUGAUAAAUUACAAAUAAUUUAUUUAAACAAUAUUUUGAUAGGAUGUUCCAGAGGGGAGGCACUGUGAGCUAAAGGAAUAUUUGUAACGGCUGCAAUGUUGUUUUAAAAUUCAGUUAUGACAUCAUAGUCACAUAUGACAUCCAUCAGAAAAUGAGAGUGGUCAUAUUUCAGUUGGACUACCUUUGAUAAUAUGAUUGGCUUCACUCAUUAUGAAUUUCGUGUCUGGGCUGAUUGAAGAACAUUGAGUGUUAAUACUUCUUUUCCUGCACACUAUUUUUUUGUUUAAAGUAAGCAGACAUUAUAGAAAUUAGUUUAAUAUGUGUACUGGUUCUUGUCAUUUGCUGUAAGAAUGACAGAGUUGCUGUUAGAAUAGUUUAUGAAAAUUACAUCAACUUGUCAUUCCUCUGAGAAGGAGUAUUAUUUUCCUGGCAUUCUCCAGUCCUUCCCUUCCUUACAAGGAUACUUCAUUUUGGUGGGAACCUUGUGAUUUAAUUGUUCAUCUUAUAGAAUCUAAAACUUGAUAGUAUGUUUAUUAUUUCAUUGCAGAACUUUACAUGGUUACUGAUAGGUCAUCUGAUUUUGAAGAUACUUGGGGUUUCCUUGACAGAAGAAUGUCUGAUAUUGGUUUACUAAUUGGUGCCAAGGAAACUGUUAGUAAAUGAGAGAAACAAAUAAUUUAUUGUAAUACAAUAAGUGGUUAUUGUUCAUCAUGGUGUAAAAUAGGAGAUGAACUUUCUUUGUUUGUCUCACAAUGGAGUCACUUUGGAUGUUGAUUCUGACAUUUUGACUGCAAAACUGCUAGUAUUCAUCAGGUGAUACGGUUGAUUGUUCAUGUAUCAUUAUUUGUAGCUUGUUGGUUUGCUGCUAUUGGUGCAUUUCCAUACAAAUAGAGAUGCAUAAACAAUCUACCUCAUCGCCUGACAAAGAUUAGCAGUAUUGCAGUUGAAACAUCGCGAUCAGUAUCCAAACUGAGUCCAUCAUGAGACGAACGAUUAAGGUUCAUCUCCUAGAUACAUUAUUGUUUGAUCAUGAUAAAUAAUGCAGAUUUUCCUAUCUCCUUUUAGUUGAAUGCACAAGGAGGUAAGUUUCAGAACCUGAACAAUUUAUGAAACAGAUGACAUUCAAGCAAUCAAUGUCAACUAAUCCAUUGAUUUAGGCAAUCGAUAUGCCCGUUUUUGUGAUUAUGGAUUGAUCAACUGCAUUAAUUUGAUAAUCGCAAAUCACUGACAAUUGAUGAAUCAAAAGAACAUCAGUUGUCAUUAAUCACCAAUGUCAAUUGACCACCUUUGCUACCAUCAGUUUUUGUAUGACUAACACUAAUGAUAAAGAAGGCGCUGAAAUGUUUGCAAAUGUUUUUACAUGUAGACUACUAAGUGAAGUUAAUUAUGCCACAGUGAAUUACACAAGUUUUAUAAGUUGGAAAAGUAUACUUAGUAAGAUCUUGUCUGCAAGUAUUUACAGUGUCCACUACUUAGAGAAGAUUAUUGAUUGAAUUAAAUAAAUCAGCCGAUGAACUUUGACUGUUCCCAAGGCUCAUUUUCACAUCAUAUUGUAAACAAUCAAAGCGGUUUAUGGUGUUGGGUUUGUACCUGGGAGCUCACUUGAACUAAUAUUAAAUGACAUGAAUGAUUAACUCUUUAAUAAAAUAAUAAUGAUGUUUUUAUAGCUUGAGAAAGCAGGAUCAGAUGCUGCUGAGUUGUUGUCUGCUGCCUUUACAACAGUAUGUUUUGCUUUCCUAUUCAAACUGCUUCUUUGGAAGUGGUUCUAAUCAUAGCAAUAGGGCUAUUGUUGCAACAUCAACCAUCACUUGAAAGAAACAUGAGCUUUUCAUACCAUUGAAAUACGUUAGAAUGUAUUACAGAUGGUGUAAAGUACUGAUAUUUUAGAGAGUGUUGUCUGCUCUACAUCAUAUAUACAGUUGAACCUUGAUUAUCCAGACUCAUCAGGACCAGACAAAAUAGUCUGUAUAAUUGAGGGUACGAAUAAUCGAGAAUAUGAGUAUUAAUGAGGAACAAAAACUGAUUAAAUUAAAAGGGCAUUUAGUCAUGGAACAAAACAUUUAAAUAUCCUCUUGUAAAAAAUAUGGUCUACAUCUUCACUGUUUAUUGCGAAUACUUUUACGUGUGUGUAUUAACAAUUAAUUAAAUUAAUCAGCACUUUAUCAAGCUGUUCAUUUUGUGCUACUUUCAGUGAUUAUGCUUCAGUCCUUCAAUGGUAUCUAAGUUGUCAGCAAAUUUCAUUAUAUUUUCCUUGAUUGGAAAAAAACAUUUGUGACGCUGUGUAGCUUGUUUAUCUUGCAUAGCACACUGAAUGAGCCGAUAGAGCGUGAAAUUUCACUUAGCAACAAAGCAACUUUAAGCCAAUUAGACCUCGUUGGAAUGUUCUUCAUUUAUUUGUGCAAACGCUGCUUUACACUGCUUUUGCUUUUUGAAAGCAAAACAAAUUCGCCUCUUGUUCACUUUUCAAUGCUGUAGUUUUAAAAAGAAUAUGGCUACAGAUCUUGAUCAUGUUUAAUAAAAAUUCAUAACAAAAUUGGAACCAGAGAAAAAGUCUGGAUAAUUGAGAAAUCUGGAUAAGCAAGGUCCAGAUAAUUGAGGUUCGACUGUAUUAAUAUCUACUACAAAUUUUUAAGCUGGCUUCCUUCUCAUUUUAAUGUGUAUGUGUUGUUUAUCAUUUUUCAUUGGUUAAUUCUCACCCUGUCCCACACUUCUUUUCCUGUUGGUAGCAGCUAAUUCACUAACAGUCAGGGAAGGGAUUAAAGUUAGCUUAUAGUGAUAGUAGCACAUCAUAGUGCCGAUUUUUCAGCUGACAUUAAUAUAUUACAAGCUGUUGAUGGGUAAUGGGGGAAGACUGAAAUUUAACUAUUCAUAACUUGACUAGAAAUGUGUUGAAAAUUUGAUGGCAGUAUGUUAGUGGUCUCUGCUGUCUAAUACUGAUAACACUAUGUCCAAAUACAAGUUACACCCAUCCUUGCCUUGAGCCUUUUAAUAUAUUAAUUGGUUAAUUAAUGCAUGAAUCUAUUGAACUUCAUCGCUUGUUUACAGGUGCGUAAUAUGAGUGGCCUUAAUAGGCGAAGCAGAUGAAGUCAACAGAGAUGACUGGAAGUACUUGCAUACUUGAAUCCAUGAUUCAGCUACUCAAAUAACAAAUUGGAAGGUGGAAGGUGAAUCAUGCAAAAGCAGUGAUUGUAACCAUGCAGAAGUUACAAAGCUGAUGGUUAACAGAAGUUUGUUUUUCUAAGCAGACCUGUUUGCAGUGAGAAAUGCAUUGUUGAUUGUUCAUGACUGAAAUCUUUAUUUGUACUGUUUCCUGUACCUCGGAAACAGAAUUAUACUGCUACUGGCAGUGACAAGUUUUAUACUGAUGUGAUUUUGUUUGUGAAGUGGUGACAGACCUAGUUUUUGCUACAUGUAUAAAUUCUUUUUGAUGCUUAUGGGUUAGAGAAAGUUAUUGAAUAUCCAUACUGUGAAAGUGCAAUGGUAACUUAAAGAAUUAAAUGUUAACUUAGUUAUCAAUGUUGGUCGUAUUGAUUUAUGAACUUCUGACAAAGGUCAAGCACUUCCUUUAAUAUGAUUGAUGUUUCUUGAAUUAUAAUAAAUACUCUCUUCUUAGCCUGUGGGUUUGUUCUCCAGUACCCUUUUUUGGUGUUUUCCACAACCUUAGAUCAAAAUGAUCUUAAAACCUAUACAUUUCCCAUGACCAACCCUAAUCCUAUGCCUGACUGGACUAUUGGAACUGUAACCCUCAAUAGUGAACACUUCAUAGUUCUUAAUAACGUGCACAGCAUGAAAGCGCAAAUCUACACAUCUUUAACUCUUGCAUAAGAAACAUAAAUAUAAAGCCUCUUCUUUACAGACAAGUUCUGCGUUCUGUUAAGAUGCGUAAAUGCAGAAAAAGCGUAAAGACUGCGUACAGGAUAUUAAAUGUUUGUACAGGAUAUUAAAUGUUCGUAAAGGAUAAGGAUCAAGAUGGAUACAAUUAACCACUUUCUAUUUGGAGAAAUACUCAACAAUACUGUACAUCACUUUAUAAGUCCUCCAUUGCAAUUUUAUUUUAUUUUUCAAUAAUUGUGCACAGGAUCACUUAGCAAGUAGGUAUUACAACAGUUUCUUAUAUUGAAAAGGAGAAUACUAACAAUUUAAAAAAAAAAAUUUCCUGAAGAACUCGAGUUAUGUACUUUUCUUGCAGUAAAUUCUUAUCUACCGCAAUUAUUCAAGUCUACCCAUCUACUAUUAAGAAAUUAUAUCCAAUGCUGUUUCUCUCCACAACUCCUUUCCCCCCCCCAAGUGAGAUCUUAUAUUAAACUGCAAUGCUGUCGCAAAACCAAAUAUUUUCAAGUAAGGUACUUACUUAAUCCUAAUUAAAUCAUCAAAUUAUACAGUUAAUUGAGACAAUAAAUAUAUUUACUAACUAGAAGCAUGUAUCAUACAUAGAACUUGUUCAAAAUAUUAUACACCAUGUUCUUAAAGUUAAAUUUACAUCUUUAUGGUGCAAUUGUUGCCUUAAAUACAGCACAACCAUUGUAAUUAAGAGCUGACUGAGAGUUGUCCAGGGCACCAUGGACAAAGAAUAUUUUGCAUUUACAGCCACAGUUUUAGGUUCCUCCUGGAACAAAGUCAUCCAUUACAUUAAUGUCUGGUUAAAGCUGGCCCAAUGACGCAAUAAACAAGUUAUUGACAAGGGGAGUUUGUAAAUCUUAGGGUUAGGGUUAACCCUAACCCUUGACCCCUUAACCCUAACCCUAAGAUAUUAUUACUGAUUUUAACAGAAACUGUUUUGUCUAUGGACAGAUAACAUUUUGAAGCCAGCAAGAAUGUUUUGGAAGUGUUUAUGUCACUGCUUGUGAAGGGAAAAGAUCUGAUCCUUCUUGCACAACUGUUGUUUUGUUUUCAGAGUUAAAAGCUGAUGCCUGAAUGCCAAAUAACAGCAUAUACCUUCAAUUUGCCUAAAUCAUAGUAUUUUAAGAAUCCAUUUGUUCUGCAACAUUCUCACUGCCAAAAAUAGGCUCAGAAUUUCUGUCCUCUAUGGAUGUAAUUCACUUGCAGUUUUGUCAGUUUGGAUAUUUUUCAAAAGUUGGUAUACUAAGGCAGGUUCCAUUAAUGCUGGACCUGGUUGAACCAUUAGAUAAUUAUGAAAAUCUCCUAGAUCAAGUUGAAAUUUGAGAGUAGGAAAAAAAUCAGAACAGGGCUCAAAGCUCAAAGUUUUUCAAAUAAAAUGUGAAGAACCAAAUAAGGAAAAAAUUACAUCUGUGUAAUAUUGCACCACAUACACUUGCACAUGGUCUUGAGACUUGCAUGUAGAUCACUAAGGAUGAGUAACAUUGUUUGCUAAUAUUUAUAAGUAAUUGACACUCACUUUGAAUUAGGAUCUGUUACAGCUUGAUACUUGUCAAACCGCUAACAUAGUUUGUGAAAUUAGCAACUUUUUCUACCUAUUUAGUGGCCAGAAUUUUGUCGCAGUGUCUCCAAUCAAUUACAACUGUGAGCACUCGGAGAACGACAUUUCUGAUCUGAUGACAAAAACAUUACUAAAUAAAUCAUGUACAACAAGAGUACAGCCACUGGUUUAUUGAUAAAUAAUGGUUCUUGGACCUAUGAAAGGGAUGAAUUUUCUUUCCCUUCAUUUUCCAGGAAAUGAUUAUCUACAUUCAGAUAGUUAAUAAUCUUGGAUGGCAAUGGUAAUUCAUGAAGCUUAUCGCAGCGUGAAUUUUGUCGAAUAACAAACCUGCAAAGAUGUUGGAGAGAGGGAAGUUCUUCAAACCUUGAAACUGGUGUUGUAAGUCGAAUGGGAAAAGUGGGAAAGCCUAGGAAAGUUGAUGCCUUUGAAAAACACAUUGGCCCUUUUAGGGACAUUUUCAUGGAUUUCUUGAUGAGUCCUACCACUGUUUUAGUUCCCAUUUCACCUGGAGGAGCAACAAAGUAAAACAUACCAUUUCCAUAGCGAAUCCUUGUAUGGCAGGUUCUUCCUCUACACCUGUAACUUACACUGUACAAGUGGAAUUCAUGGGAGCUGUCCCGGACCAAAAAGCAACCAUCAGGUUUAUCUUGCAAAUAAACCUCAGCUUCAAACUGGUCUAUAGGCCCCCAGUACCAACUGUGAUGUGAAAGUGACUCUAAAGAUUUGGUUAAUGGAAAUGAGUAUUGCUGGCAGCUUAUUUCAGUAGCUGUUUGCGGACACUUAGCAUUCAACUGCUUGUCGACACCUUCAAUGGUCGGCACUGGCCUGAAUCCUCUAUCACAUGGGUCUAGUUCAUCGAGCGAUAUUGUCAACGAUUUUACAAGCUGUCUUUGUUUUUUUCUAGUAAAGUGUGAUGGCAGAGGUAUGGGAGGAGGGGGAGGAGGAACUGCUCUUUUCUUCGUUGGUUCUACAAAUGGAUUUCCCUGUGCAGUUUCGAAAUUCAGCCAGCUGGAUGUGCUGCAGGUGUCACCAGCUUGUUUACUACACUCAAACGUGUCCUCCUCUCUUUUUGCCUCCAUUUCCUUGGAUUGCAUUCGAAUAGAAAAUGACUUUGAUCGAGAACGUUUCGCCCCCGAUCGACUGAAGGACCGAUCUUUAGCGAAGCCAGGAAAACUAAGCGUUUUGUGCAUCAGUGAAAGUCUAGUUGUAGUUUUUGGUAAUUCAUUGUCUUCGAUGCUUGAGUACGCUGUCAAAGAUUCAUUUGUUUCUUCAGAAUCAAAAUGUUUUGCUGAUGAAUCUUCUGAACAUUUACGACGUCGAAAUUUCUCUCUGAGUUUGAGUAAUAUGUUCUUUGUUUCACCAAAGGUGUCAUCUGUUUGCGCGGCAGCCAAACUUUGAUCGACUUCAUCAGUUCCUGUUACCAAACUUUCUCUUACAGCAGCUGUUUUUUCCACUCCUUCAUUCCCGUUUGAAUUAUCAUCUGUGUCUCCGAUGAGGUCGUAAACUCGCUCUUCUCCUUCUUUUUCCGACUCGUUCAUAAUCCACCUCAAUAGCUCUCUCUCUAAUUUAAAAAGCGUCUAAACAUUACAAUUAUUAUAUGUUGGAUGUACACCUCUAGGAACGAGUUGUCUGGGUUAACGCGGUAUACUUGAGAGUGUUUCCAUGUCCAGAACACAAAAUUUACUCGAAAUUAUAAACGCUUACGUGUCAACUAGAGGGUGUCUUUCAUGACAGAACAUUAAAUUUCAAAUAAUCUGUGAAAGGGAUGACUUCCAGAGACUAAAGACAAUGUUGAUGCGCUUCCUCUGUCUCACAAGCAGACGUAAAUGCGGAAGACGUCAUAUGAUGGUUACACAUAUCCUUUAGCUGUUUCCGAAAAGCCGCUGGAAAACUAGUGUACCGUGGAAACAUAACUUGCCAUUUCGGUUAUUUUCUUAGUUUUGCGAUCGUUAAAUUAUUUCUAAGGAUUAUGAAUGCUUAAUUUUCCUCUCAGAAAACUCCUGAAAUGAUAUUAUGAAAUGAAAAUUUCUUUCUCCUUUGGGUUGUUGGUUCUUCUGUGGCGGCAGAUAUCUUCCUCGUUUAUUGAUGUAACUGAGCGAGUUGGUAUUUCAGCAAUCAAUGGCUAUUUGGCAGCGUUUGGCGACUUUAAUGGAGAUAAACAGACCGACUUGUUCCUUGUCACUGGUGAAGGUAAUAAUCUUGUCCUUCAGGGGUAAAAUAAGGAAUCUAGGGCAAGGCGGCAGUAUGUUAUAAAAUCAAAUAUACUUAAUUAAUCAUACAGAUUAUAAUUGUGUAUUGCAUGCAUUGUAUGUGAUUUAAAACUUAUGAAAAAAACUACCGACAUUUUUCUCAUCUCUAUGAAAUUUUUAUGCAAAAAAACACUGGUAGUGCAGUAGGAGCACGUCUUCUCCUUUGGCCGCAACAGCAAAAUCUGCUAGAUGUGUCGAGAGACUGGUAGAUCUAAACCAGAAGACGUUGUUUUAAUGGUUACUGCCUCCUAUGGAGGUGAAGCCUUAAAGGUGUCCUGUUGAGUGAGUGAGUGAGUGAGUGUAACUGUAGAAUACGAGCGACUUCCCAGCCCACUAUGAAUUCUUCGGAGUUUUACCUGAUAUUCCUUACUCGUGGCUUCUCUUUGUUACAGAACAUCUCCGCCUGUUCAAAACUCGGGUUGAAUUUUUUCGAACUGCUUCGAAUGUUAUUCGGAAUUAGCACGUGAUUACUCUGUUGAUCGAUGCUACUUAAUGUUGUUUUGGAUUACUAAAGAAGAUUAUAAACAUCUCACAAUCAUCUCAGGAUGGGACAUGAAAAAUAAAAAAGCUUUAGCUUGCAGAAAGGUCUGUCAAGGUGUAAUUGGCGCACCAUGUACAUUUAGAGAAUAAAAAAUUUUCUUUGAAGAGAGAGCAUUUUACUAUUUUAAUCAGGGAAUUAUGCACAGCAGAUCCUAAGAUAUUAUUUUCUCAGUUCAUGCUGUAACACUGCAAUAGAUGAUAAACAUCAAGUACUAUCAUUUCUGGCAUGUAAUUGAAAACAAGAGUUUUCCUUGCAAAAAUGCCUAAAUAGAAAACUUUGAAGAAAAUCAGACAUGGUUUGAUGUUACUCUGGUUUACAGAUUUAAUGAAUAUAACCAAAGCAGUUACAAUUCAGAGACCCAAUGUUUCAACACUCCUGUCUAGUACCUUCAUCAGGGGUGAUCUAAACACUGCAAUAAGAUGUCCUUUUAUAUGAUCACUAAUUAGCAGCCUUUUUUCUGACGAGGUGUAAAUAGGCGUCAGGAAGCAAACCACCAUCAUCAUGAUUUAAAGGAGCGUAGCGGAGUUAAUAUGCCAAGCCUCCAAAUAAAGGUGCUGGUGGUAACACCGAUUAGUGGUGAUAAUUUUAGAAUUAUGGUGAUAAUUUUAGAAUUAUGGUGAUAAUUUUAGAAUUAUUACAUUGCAAGGUCCAAAUACGAUACCUAAAGUUUAAAUGGGUGACCCUAUUCAGCGGGAUGAUGGAAUGGUGGAAUGUGUGAUACAAAAGUCUCACAAAUUUGGAAUUACAAUGAAUUAAGUAAAUAACUUAUAAUUAACAGUUGAAAUUGAAAGAAACAUUUGUUUAUCGUUAUUUGAACUUAAAGGGUAGACUUAUAGAUGGAAUAGUGAGGUUCUCGAGCUAGCCCCCAUAAACUAUAAUUACUAUUAAUUAUUGUUAUCAUUAUUAUUAUUAUUACUUUUUUAGAAAUUUUUUUUCAUCAUUUAAUUAUUGGUUGUGGGUCAACUAGUCACUAUAUUUCUGAAUCACCUUUCUCUUGUGGAACAGGGUACUCAUAAAUAUGUGGGAUGCAGCAGGUUUUCUGUUUUGCAUAUUAGACAAAUCUUCUGCAACAUUAUAUUCUAGCAUCAUUAUAUAAACUCUAUUUUUUAAAUGCUUUAAAAAUUGUGCUAUAUCAGCAGCCAUAUGCAGUCUUAAACUGUUUAUUUUUAAAUAUAUUUAGCCCUUAUAUAGCUACUGUAAUCUUUGUGUCAACUUACUGGCAUUAUUAAGUUCAGCACUUAAAUGUUGCUGUGAGAGUAAGUGUAGUUACAAGAUUGUUUCCUUUCAAUUUUGUAAUAACAUAAUUGUUCAAAUUUAACCUAUAGUAAAGACAAAGUAAAUAAGUAAUGUUUAUCCAUCCCUGGUCUCAUCCUUGUCACUGAUGUCUUUUAGGGAAUCAGAUAAUUUGGUUUAAUUUAAACUAUAACAAAAUUCUCGAACAUGAUUGGUCAUCACCAGCCCAAUUUGAGCACUAAUAGGACAGUGUUUGCAUUAUGCUUGUAAUUGGACAUUGUAAAAGGACAGUUAAAGGGACACAGUGAACACAUUAUGCCUAUGUAAGUGGACAGAAUGCAUCAUGAGCGUGUGCUGUUGUCUUGCAUUUUGCUGAGUUAACUUUUGAUUUUUUUUAUGAAAAUGUACAACUGAUUUCUAGUUUCUUUCUCAAAUUUUGUAAUAGUUUUGAUUAAUUGGUAACAGUUCUUCGUGUUGUCCAAUUGUGUCUGUAAUUAUACUUGUGAUUAACAAAUUGGACUCCUGCUUCAAGGCCAUCUGAUUUGUUUUUGUAUCAUUACAGAUCGAAUUGGACUCCACUUGGACUCCACAAUUGCUUUCAAUUAAAGUUAUUGCCAAACAUCAACCUAAUAACUCUUCACAAUGGCUAAUUUACAUACAUACAUAACCAAAAUGGUCUUAUCAUACUCCCCCACUUAUACAGCACUACUAGUUUCUUUAGAAACUUACCCCCUUUAUUCAUUUGUCUUUUAGGGAAUAAGUUGGAAAUAUUUUUGUGGAGUGGAUCAGAGCAAAAGUUUAGAAAAGGAAGGGUUUCAAUUUCACUGCAGAGGUAAAGAGUUUGUCAUUAUGUGGAGACAUGUAAUGGCAUAUGACAUGUUGAAGAUACAUGUAUAUGGCAGAUUUAAACAGCCUUCCUUUUUGUCUUAAGAAACUAACUUUCUCUUAAAUUAAGCUCUAACUUCCUUGAUGAUAUUAUUCAUGAGAUAUUUAUUUAGUUUUUUUGAGGUUUACAUUGUGUUUUGUUUUUAGUUUUAAAUUUGGAAUUUGUCUCCAGGAUAAAAUAAUUUAAAGUUAUUGGUUCAAGACAAUGAAAAAAGUUGUGUUGGAAUUAUUAGAAUAGUUUUGAAAGGCACAUUAUUGACUUUUAAAGUGCUUCCUCUAAGCUUAUUGAUUUAGGUCUUACCAAAACAAAUACUUAGGAUUAUCUUAAGGUGUUGCCUUCAGGGAGCUAUAAGAAGACAAACCUCAGUGAGGUUCUUUGCAUGCACUUCAGGAAGAGGUAAAAGACCUGUAGUGUUUCCAAAGACUGCCUAAAAUGCUACUGAGAAGCUUGCUUGAUAGCUCAUCUUUGAGCAAAAUGUGCUACUUCUUUUUAACUGUUUAAAUUAAUUGCAUAUUGCCUAAUAUCUAUUUCUUCACCUUUGCUUUUCAACCAUUCUUUCUGGUAGCAAAAUUGUGAAUGUGAGUCCCAUAGACUUUGAUGGUGAUGGCUGCCUUGAUGUUUUGAUUGCUGCUGAACCUCAACACAAUUCUAAAACAGAGAAGAAUGUUACUGUUUAUGUGUACUGGGGAAACUCACAAACAUUAGGUAUGCUUAAAUUGCCCCCAUCUGAUGUACCUGUACAAUGUAAUUCAGACAUCUUGGUUGGUAAUCUCUGAAGAAAAUAUUAUGUUUACAUGUAGUUGUCUAAUUGCCUCAGUGUGUGCUAAUUAAUGGAGCAUGGUUGUUUAUUUUUAAUGAUCAAUGAAUCUUAAAGGGUACUGUCAACUUACUGUCAACAGGGGUGUUUUUCAAACAAAAAAUGUUUGAUUGUCUUGCCUGAUUCUCCAGGUGAGAGUAGUCUUAGAACAGAUGGUUGUUGGUAGCACUCACUGACGUUUUGACAAAUGUUAAGUUGUUGAACGAAGAACAGUCUUUCACAGAACUACUCUCAUGUGGACAAUCAGAUCACACAAUCAAAUGCUACUCCCACACACUAAUAUCAUAAGAAAAUAAAUUAUUACCUAAUUCAUUGAUUUAUAAGCAUUGGCUGUACUUAAUGCAAGAAAGCUAAGGUUUUGUAAUGUGUUGUGUGAUAAAAAUUGAUUUCUUGUUGAAUUUUUUAGUUGUUUAUAAUCUUACGAAAAUUGUGAAGAGAAAGUUAAAAAGAGAUGCAACUCUUUUUUUGCAAAUUAACCUUUAAUGUGCCCAAUUUGACUUGAUGAACAAAUUUCCUCCUUAACCUUCACAAUGCAGUGAACAUUUUGCCCUGCUACUUUUGGUUGCCCUGCAAUACUUUUUAAGUCUUUCAGGGCAACCAAAAGGAAAAGUGAAAAAUUUGAGAUAUCCCAAUUUUUAAAUUUUUUUCCAAUAUGUCAGGUGGGAGGCUGUUGUGAAGGAAACAUCACAUAUGGCAAAAAUCUCUCACAUUUAACUUUUGCUAGGUAUCUUUUAGCUAAAUUUUUAGCCAAUCCAUUUAAUUUUCAUGGGCUAUUGAAUUUUGUUACAAACAAUACAUUCACUAAAUGCCAAAAUAAGAUUUUUGUACUUUCAAAGCUUUACAAGAAUUUCAUGCCUUUUGUUAACUGACUAUGUCAGACAUGCAUAAACAGGACAUUAAGAACUAUAGACCUGUUACAGUUUUGACAGUGAUAAGGAAGGUCUUUGAGCAGUUACUGAGUAAACAGCUGACAUAAUUUAUAGACCCAAUGUUAAGCAACAACGUAAUGGUAUAUCAAAAGGAUAAGAGCUGUGAAACCUUCCUUAUUGGAUUGGUAAAAAGACGGAAACAGGUUGUUGAUAACAGGAACAUUGAUGGAGUCUGGUCCGCCAACUCCAUCUUCUUUGGAAUGUUUUCCAAAAUGAUCUACACUUCUCCCCUGACGAAAACAGGCUAUUUAUGUAUGCUGAUGACCACUAAGUACUUGCAUUGGCCAAGAAAACUAAUGAGGCAGAAAUCAUUUUAACUGAGGAAAUAACAUCACUGAUUGGUACAAUAACAAUCUUUUACAAGGAAGUAUAAGGUGAUGAGUCUGGCCUUGAGGAAUUGUCAUAAGGAUCUACACAUCAUUGUCAAUAACACUGUAAUAGAUCAGAAAUCAAAGAUAACGCUCUUAGGGGUUACCUUAAACAAUCAGCCAUCAUUUUCGAGUCAUGUAAGCAAUGUUUGUAGAAAAGCCAACUGUCAAACUGGUGUUCUUCUGAGAUUACGUAACCACGUUUGGUCAUCUGCUUAAUUACACAUUGUUAAAUUUGCUAUACUACCUCAGCUUACAUACUGUCAGACUAUCUGGCAUUUUUGUUGUUCUUCUGAUGCCAGAAAACUAGAAAAAUUCAACAACAAGCACUACGCACUGUUUUCUCUGACAAUAAAUUGACAUAUGAGGAACUCUCGCAAAGAGCAAAACUAUCUAGUACAUUACAUAUGUGACAAGGGCAAGUCAUUGCAAUCAUAAUGUAUAAAGUCAAAAAUAGAUUGAUGCCCCCUUGCAUUGCAGACUUUUUUGUUAUUACAAGUUCUCAGUAUCAUCUAAGAAAUUCAGAUUUUGCUAUACCCAGAUUUCAUACUGUUGCAUAUGGCAAACAGGGCCUGACUUAUUCAGGCCCUAUCAUUUGGUUCAAACUCAACAAAUCUACAGUAUUUGAUUGUUUUAAUAAUUAGACACUUUGAAAAAGUGCAUUGAAAUGGUUAAUUUUUAUAAAUUUAUUUUAAUGUAUGACUCAUCGUUUAUUUUAUAUAUUUUUCAAUACUUGCACAUGUACCUAUAUCUCAUAUUUUCUUUAAUUAUUAAAUAAUUAUUUGUUGUUAGUUGUCCCCAAUUAAUCUACAUAGUAUGCUGGCAAUUUUGACCCAAUCAUAAAGUUCCUAUCUUAUCUUAUGUCAACACUCUGAACACUGCUGGAUGUCAUUGACUAUUUAUAUCCACCUGGAUUGGUACAAUUUAAGUUGUUACUUCUAUGUGAUAUUGGAACAAUGUUCAAAAUGGCACAAUUUUUUUUGUUUCAGAUGGCAGUGAUUUUAUAUUGGUGAUGAAAGAUCAACCAUUAGUUAUGGAGUAAGUAAGGAAGUAAUUUGAUUAAUGUAUUAUUGAUGAGCUGACUAGAAAAUAUAGACCUUCAAUUUGUGACCUCUGAGGGAGGAGAGAAUUACCUUAUAAUUCCACAAUGCUAUCCUAAAAAAUUCACAAGUCUCCUUACCUCAAUCAUUAAAAAAGUUUUCACAUGGAUACGUUUUCUGCUGCAAAAUUUUUUCAAAAUGAAGCAAAAGAGCAAAGCUUGGUCACUUUUUUUCAUUCACUAAGACCAAAGUUGAGAGAAGAUGCUAGGAUGUCAGUAGGUGUAAUUUUAGAACAUUAGAAUAAGUAGAAAAGAUAUAAGUAGAGCAAUUGUAAUCCAAUACUGGUGAAAUGAAAAUUUUUGGUCACUAUAUCAUUUUAAUUGCAUUGUCCAGACCAAGUUUUGUGAGGGAAGAUUUUUACUCUCUCUUUACUCUUUAAAUCACUCAAAGGUGCAAGAUUUCAUAUUGCUGAUAGGAAAAAUUGAGGUUAGGUCAAAACGGUGGGAAUGUUCAGAAUCUCACUUACUCAUGUGCAUGUGUAUACUGCUCUACAAGGUAAGGCAAGUGUUAUAUUAACUAAUUUUCUUUAAUUUUCAGUGCCAAUGGUGAUCUUUUGCCAGACCUUUUUGGUUCAGAAAUUGUGAAAAAUUCUCCCUUGCGUUCAUACUGGAUAUCUCAAGGGUAAUAUUUCAUUCAAAGUAUGGUUAAUAUGUUUUAUUUAUUACCUGUACAGAAGAGUCCUUUUUGUAGUAGUAACUGCCGACUGAAAACAGCCUGUUGUUGGCUACAUAGCUGAUUAAGCCAUCCCACAACUAUUAUUACAGUUAAGCACAUUCAGGUUAUUUUCAGAUUUCUAUACCACUCUAUCUAUAUCGGUAGUUUGAAUGAGUGACAGAGGUACAAAAGAUGUUUUAUUCAAGUGUAGGAUAAUUGACAGUGAAAAAUAUUUUAAACAACAGUCUACAUGUAGAUGGAAAUUUUGUGUAAUCAUGAAUGUGGCUGAUAGUCAGAACUGGCUAAACUAAAGUUUCAUGUCUUCAUUGAACAAUGAAACUAAAAGCAAAUAGACACCUCCAAAGUAAAAAAUGUGGACUGAAUUUAAAGGAGGUGGUUUUUGUGUUGUAAACUUUGAGCAAACAACUGUGAAUGUAUGAAAGUCAUAUAUUUGAACUGCGGAUAAAGACAUGAAUGAAAGCAAUCUUCACAGUAAUGAACACUACUUCAGCAGUAGUGAAAAUAGGGCCUGAAAAAAAUUCAGGCCUGUAUGGGAUUUGAACCCAUGACCUCUGCAAUACCAGUGCAGUGUUCUACCAACUGAGCUAACAAGCCUAGCAAACUGUGAAUGAUAACACAGAACUGAAAUGAUGAAUCAGAUAUAUUAUUUCAGUAACUCAGCAUUUAAUAUGAAGUAUAUUUUUGACUUAAAGUUCAUGAUAAAAAUGGAGUUGUGAUAUUCAAUUUAGGUCAAAAAGAAGGUUUGAGGUGCAACGGCAGACCAAUUUAAGAAAAUCCAGUGUGCUUGCACCAGUUAGGAUACCACACUCCAAUGCAUUCCUGGAUCUCAAUGGAGAUUUUACUGCUGGUAUUAUGUUGCUAAUAAUGCACGAUUUACUUUUGUUGUCAAAUACAUAAUUAUAUAUUAUCUGAUAUUUUGGUGAGUAGUUUUGCUGAGUGUUUUUAUGUGCUGUGCCAUAUUUUGACAACCCACAGGGCUCUUCAAAAGGCAAACAGCGAUACUACAUACCAAAAUAAGUUAUUUAUUACCCAAAACAAGUUAUUUAUUACCCAACUUAUAAUGUGGGAAAAGUGAGGAUAGAGUAGCAUAUCCUGCAUAGCCAUCUGAAUGAGCAGGUUUUCAUUAGAGCAAAAUAAAGAUCUGUUCCAAGAAAGUGUGAUAUUUGUACUCUACUUGGUGCAGUUGGAUGAUAAGACAUUGUAAGAUUUCACUCCUGGAAGUUGAAAGGUUUAUGUAGCACUUACCUUGGAUUUACAUUAAAUUCAUUUUGAGCUUUGUACCUUCACUGUUCCAUCUGAGGCCAGUUAAAUUUAACAAUAACUUUCAGUAACCUUUGUCCAAAGUGUAUUUUUGUUUUGUGUGUUAUUUUUCCUUGCUGCAUUUAUGUUUUAAUUCUAUCAGUAGUUGACAAACAAAGUGAAGUGUAUACUUUUUCAUUGCAGACCUGUUUGUCAUCAAUGAACAAAAUCAGGGUGAAGUUUGGAUAAAUAGAGUAAGUAAAUUCACUCAGUACCUACCUGUAGAUAUCAUACUGCAAUAGUCUCCCCCCCAAGUGACUUUAACCCUUAAACUCCCAGAAGGGAUCAACAUGUAAAUUCUCCUCACAACAUCCAUGCAUUAUCCAACAAAUAGGUGAUGAUAAUACUUAAACUUAUCCGGUAGAAGUUAGUAGUCUUGAUCUAACAUCAAAUUCUCCCAACCAAUUUACAAGUAAAUGUCUAGCUACUAGAAGAGAGAAUUUGCAAUCAGAUCUUGGGGGUUAAAGGGUUAAAACUACUCUGUUACAAAAAUACACUUAGAUUUGGAACAGAUGGUGCAAAACUUUACAAAAUCUUACAAUGGUAUGAUUCUUAUUUGGAGGAAAGCUAAUCACAAGUUACAUUUUGAAACAAAGUUAUUUCAAGUUUCUUUUCUGGUGGUUUAUACUUUCUUUUAUUUCAUUACCUUCAUUACCUAGAAGGGAGUCCUUGUUCACCCAUCUAAUGACUCAGAAGAAGUAAUCAAACUACCCAAAAUGGUGAAAGACAAGCUCAUUAAAGUGUUUGGCCAGUCAACAUUUGUUGACAUUGGUAAGUAUGAGAAAUCACCUCAUAUUCAGAUAUUCAAACUUUUUAAAUGUAGUAUCAUAACAAAUUUGGAAUUAAAUUUUGGUUUAAAACAAAAGUACAUGGCAGUGAUGAUGACUUAAAAAUUAGGGUUAUGGUAAAUUAUACAGUGAUUGUAGAAAAUAAAUUCACCCUUCAUAAAUUAUUUGGUGUAUAUUUACCACCAGUCUGCAAAGCAUUGAUUUCCGUUGGAUACUGAUCUGUAUGUACAUCUACCCGUUUUAAAAGUGUAAUAUUUUCCUUUUUUGAGAUGGAGAUGGAAAUAUUGACCAGUUGUUGCCGGUUUGUACAACUGACUACUGUGAAGAAAGUCAUCUUUGUGUGUAUUCUAGUAACAAGGUAUGUGAAAUUAACGGUAUUUAUUAACACCAAACUCACGAUAGAUCAAGGUAAAAGAUAUCUUUAUUUGCUACUUCGUCUGUAAAUGCAACACACGUAAAAAAGCCAUAACCAACAGCAUGAAGCUUUAAAUAUAAUAUCACAGUGAGGUUGAAAAGUUGUGAAUUUAAUUUAUUUAGUGGCAGACAAUGCUAUCAAACGACGGCAGACCUGUUACAUGGCAGUUUAUUGCGCCAACAAACCAGACUUCAUCUUUAUUUCCAUUAAUGACCAUCCGAACAGGUUUGUAAUCUUGCUUUACAGCAAAGCCUAAAUAAAUGAGACUGUCGCCAGCACUUCUUGAAUAGAAUCCAGAGUACAAUAGAAGUGGUUAUGGCAAAGACAUUUUCGUCUUCCUUUACACUUCAUGUGUCGAGAAUAGCUGCAGUUGAUCAUGUAGUCCCAUUUAAGGGUUUCUUUUGUGGGGCGGGGGCUUGGCGGGGGCAGUUUUAGAUCGAAGGAUUGUUAACGUGACAGAGACUUUCCUUUGGACACUCAGGGCGAAAGUAAUCAUCAGAGAGAUCAACACUUACAACUGGUUAAAAAACAUUUCGCGGGAAAAAAAUUAAUGCAAAACAAUUCCACCUGUUUUCAAACAAGAAUUUUUCAUUCAACAUAGGUACGGUUCAUGUAACGAUAUUCUGCCAUUCAUCACAGCUAAAUGUACACUUAGAGAGGAGAAUAUGUUUUGAAGAUAGGGUGUCUCCAGUAAACCAACUAGUGCCGUUAAUAAUGUUUAAUUGUUGAUUUAUUUUUCUGUUAAACAGGAGACUAUAAUAUGGACGGUUUUUAUGAUGCAUUGAUAGUGUUGAAUGUAAAGGAAACGGGGUGAGAUAAAAAGCUGACACAUAUAUGCACUUAGAAGCACACUUGAUCCUCAUUCCUUUCCCAUGUUUCCAUCCUCUCUGUUUAAGUAUGUUCAUUAAGCCAUUCACAGUUUGAAUUACAUAGUUCAUAAACCUGUGUGCAGGGUCUGUUCGUUACUUAAAUAUAAAGAGAACGCCCAGACUUUCCAUCAUACUGGAGCCCUGCAUGGCAAACUUAAGUAAUUAUGAAGAGACACUAAAGGAAAGUGAGCAUUACGUGUGAGUGCCGUUCGGCUGCCAUUUCUUUGCUCCGUCCAAAUUUGAUUUUUAUGUGUAGGUAUUCGUAUAUUUUAAGAAGUUUUAAGAGCUCGAGCCAUAGUAUUAUUGGAGGAUUAGAUGAUGCUUCGAUUUUCGCGAAACUUCCUCAUGUCAUCGAGAAAUUGGCGAAGCUUUCACUCUCAAGAGUUGAAACCGCAAGAGCCAGAACGAUGGCAAGCUUGCAAGUUGGCAGGAAUAUUGAAACCCAGGAGAGGAAAACGUGGCAGACGCCAGAACUACGAGAUCAAUACCAUUCCUAUAGCUCAAUCAAGAACUCUCACUUGCGGCCUGUUCUCAAGAACGGAAAAACGGGGGAAAAACUAGGAUUAACUCAAGAAACUUAUUAAAUAUUCAAACUGGCACCUCUGGCUUCAUCUCUACCAAAGACGGUGAUUCCAGAGAGACGUCAGCGUUUUUCGCACCAUCUCUUCUCCUUAGCAAUCCUAUGUCUCUAGCGCCUAAAAUUGAUGAGAUAGCUCAUGCCUCCCACCAAGCAGCGUUGCGCUCAUACCUAGCAUACACACGAACUUGAAGGAUUAUUACAAAAAAUCAUCAAACGGACCAGCCUUUGGUCUCUCUGACCAUCUGUCUAUCACGGUCCUGCCAAACGUUCGCCAGAAAUCCCAAGCCCAGAGCAAGAUCAUGAAAACUCGCGAUUAAAGGCUUAGUCGCGUUGCCAGUCUUGGUCGAUAUAUGAGAAAAGGCAGAAAGCUUUUGUAUCCGGUGUCACGCUCCUAAUCAAGUUGCUUAGGAACGAAGUGAACCGCGAAAGAAAAAGGUGUCGGGCGAUUUGGUAUAACAACGAAGUACGGGACCUAAAGGACACGCGGCCUCGCGACUGGUGGCGAGAAUUCAAACAAAUCUCUGGCAAUAGAAGUAAUGCACGGGAGGAUAUAAGGUCCAUUUUGAAAACUCAUACUGCGGCGGUAAUAUUGUAAUGAUAGUUUUAAAUAGUUUUAAUCAAUAUUUAAUACGUGAUUUUACCUGAUGUAUCGUGAUAUUAGUGUUGUUUAGUUGUUAGGUUUCAAUUAGUUAUUAGCUGGAAUACCUGUAAACUAGCUCUCAAGCUAAGUGUAUAUCCAUGUUAAAUAAAGAACGUAAAGUUUGUGUGCGGUCUGCACUGACCAGGAGCUCGCUGACAAAAUCAACGAGGCGUUUGUCACUGUGAUGCAAGACUACACUCCUUUGUCUGAUGACGCCUUUGUCCUAUGGGGAGAUGAUGAGCCAAUUUGGGUGAAAAUUGAUUCUGUUUCGAAACGGCUAAGCGCGAUCAGUGCAUCUAAAGCUGGGGGCCUGACGAUCUGCCAAACUGGGUUUUAAAAGAAUACUCAUAUACUAGCCCAAGCGAUUACUAAGGUGUUGAAUCAAUCUUUCCGUGAAUCUACAAACCUGCGGGUGUGGAAGCUGGCGAAUGUUCCACCUCUUGAAGCACCGUCUACUGAGGAUUUUAACAAAGACUUGAGACCUUUUGUAGAAAAGGUUGUGGUUAUUCAUCGUGGUGAAUAACAACAAAAGCUAAGUUUUUCGUUUGUCUCACGAUGUAGUCACGUAUGAUCGCGACGUUUCGACUUCAUACUGCUAGUCUUCUUCAGGCGAGGAAGACGACUAGCAGUAUGCAGUCGAAACGUCGCGAUCUACAUCACACAUGACUACAUCGUGAGACAAAAGAAAAACUUAUUUUUUAUUGACGUGAGACCUAUUUCUUCAAUUUCUUAAUUUGGCUUUAUGCCUAAUUCCUGCACUACUUUCGCACUCAUCCUAAUGUUGUAUUACCGGCUUGAAGCCACUGAUUGGACCGGCGCCUACGUUAGGGCAGCACUCCUAGACCAUAAAAAAGCCUUCGAUCAUGUACAUCACAACUUGCCUAUCCCCAAGUUUUACAAUCUAGGAGUUAAACCCACCGUUGUCAACUGGGUGAUCGACUUUUUCCGGGACAGAUCCAAGCCUGUCAAGCUUAGCUCUGAUUGUUUCUCGGACUUUACCCCAGUCCCCGCUGGGAUUUCACAGGGUGCUCGCAUUGGCCCUUGGCUCUCUUUGGUCCUCGCUACCCCGUGCAGCCUCGUUUCUGGUAUGUGGAAAUUCGUCGACGACACCACGGUCCCGGAAAUUGUUCCACAAGUCCGGUGCGACAAAGAUCCAAGAGACAGUGGAUCAUGUCCUUCAGUGGUCAAACGACCACAAAUUCAAGCUGAACUUGCUUAAAUACAAGGAACUUCGGAUAGACUUUCGAAGGAAACCAAACGAGGUCACUGUAAUUGAGGCCUGUGGAAAUUCCUUUGAAACCAUUAAAUCAGCAAAAGUACUAGGCGUCACUCUAAGGGGUGACCUAAAGUGGAAUGAUUAUGUAGAUAAUAUUACAGUAAAAGCGUCUCAGCGAAUCUAUUUGCUUGAGCAUUUUAAGCGCGCUGGCAUUGACCGCAUAUCUCUAAUUCACUUUUAUUGCGCAUGUAUUCGUUCUGUCCUAGAAUAUGCCUUUCAAGCUUUCCAUUCUUACUUACCAGUCUACUUGUCUAAUCAAAUCGAGAGGGUUCAGAAGCGAGUUUUAAGAAUCAUUUAUCUAGAGGCAUCGUAUAGAAAAGCGCUAGAAGAUGCAAAUCAGAAAACACUAUUUGAUAGGCGAGAAGAAUUAUGCGUCUAUUCAAUCAGAUCAAAGAGAGUGAUGGCCAGCAUAAACUUGCUGACCUGUUACCUGCGCGCAAUAAUGCCUCUCAGUACAACCUUAGGAAAAAGCGAAUGUUUGCUAUGCCCGGUAUAAAAACCAAAAGGUUUCAAAAUUCCUUCAUAAUACACUGCAGAAAAAAAGCAAAACUAAAUCUAAGUAGGAUUAUUAUUAUUAUUAUUGAUAUUUUAAUUGUUUAUAUUUGGAAUUUAUUAUUAUACGAUUUGUAUUUUUUGUAAUAUAUACUAAAUUAUUAAAUUACUAAAUUAUUGCAAAUUUUGUAUAUUGCACAAGUAAUUCAGCUACCAGCUGCUGGUUGUGAUUUUAAUAAUAAUAGUAAUUAUAAAACGUAAUUUAUGUAACAAGCAAAGUUGAAAUGAUUACUUCGAUGUAUUUGUUUAAAUCAACACUGUACACUGUCACUGUUUCUUUUAUGAAACCUGAGGCCAUUAUAACCUUGAACACACAAUUCAUCUGCUUAAGGUUAUUGGAGGAAACAUUUCUAAUUAUAUUAUUUCUUUUACCUUAGAUUACUUCCCUUCGUAACAAUAAAGUGUUUCUACUUGUUGAAGAUUGUUGGUGUUUUCUUUACACCUUAAAUGUCUCCACCCACCUGGCCAUUAAUAUUCAUUCUUAUCUUCUUAUCGUGCUCUUUAGUAAUGGUGCAUUUUGUUAAUGUAAUCUUGUUUUCGUCUGAACACUUACCAGGGAAACCAAAUUCAAGAGAAUUGCAGCUCUUUUGGAAAAUAUACCAUGUGAAAGUACACAUACCUCUUGCUUUGGGGAACGGACAUUUGACGUUCAUUGGAAGGUAAUCAAUCUUCUAUCUGAUUUCCCUUUUUUUUUGUUUUCUUUCCGUUUUCUCUUUUCAUCAAACGUUUGUUUUACGCGUAGUUUCCAUAUACAGAUAUCAGGACGCCACAAUGUGGGUGAUGAUUUCCUUCUUUAAUCAAAAUCGUACAUUUUCUCAAAUAAUGUUUACGUUUGUUGUGAUUUUUGGUUGCAGGAGUUACCAACUUUAGAGGGAGCUGUUGUAGCCACGUUUUUUGACUUGUAUGAAAAUGUAAGAGAAUGUGCAUUUAUUUCUAAUUACUAACAUAAUAGCGAGGCUAAAUGCAGGUGUUCAGGUCUAAUAUUUUUUUUUAUGUUUACUUACGUUGUUGUGGUUCUUUGGUCGUUGCGUUAUGCUUUCGUUGUGUUGUACACAUCAGCCAUUUAAUAGUGUAGCUUAAUCGUCCGGGUGAGCGUAGUUCUUAGAAGGACUCUUGUCGGUAGUGGUGACUGACAUUUCGACAACCUGAGAGGAAGUCAUCAUCAGAGUCAACUGAAUAGUUGUCGUUCGAAUGUUCUUAGUUCGGUUUUUAUAAACUGAUUGGUCCGUUUUGCCGUGAUAUUAUCGGCUGUAAGAAUGAACGUGGCUUAGGUCGGUCGUGAUUGGUCGGUCUCGAUCCGUUAGUAAAGUUUGGUCGUUCUGUUCGGUUCGUUUGUAAUGUUCAUGUCGUGAAUGAGUCGUUUGUAUGGUGCCGGUACUGGUUGACACUAGUUGUGAGGUUUCUGCCAGUCUCAUCGAUGUAGGAGGCGUGGCAGUCGGAGCAAUUGAUCUUGUAAACUGCUCCUGUCUGUUCCUCGGUUCGUCUUUGUCUUUGUUUGACUGAACACAAACGAGCGACGAGGAAAAUCGUACUGAACAUCACCGACUUACGAACCACACUGUUGACUGGGACUCUGUGCAACGCUCAACCUACAGCACCAACUACUGUCAACGACUGAUUCUGGAAAGCUGGUUUACUAACUUGGAGUGGACUCCCCUCAACAGGUGUCAACCGGACGGUCAAACCACACUAUUACGUGUUACCCACGGGGUCUAACCAUUUAUUGUAUAUCAGCCAUUGCUACACACAUUUUUCCUGGUUCCUACGGUUUAAGCUUUUUCUUUUCACCUUAAUUUACAACGAUCCUAUUCAGGGUGCCUUUGUGUUUACCCAGUCUUGUUUUAUUGUGGCAGAAUGGGUAGGAAGAUUUUAUACACUUUCGGGAAGACAGCAAAUUUUCUUCUGAAUUUGUGUCAUGGUUUUUUGUUUGUUUGUUUUCUUCUUUGUUGUUUUGGUGGUUUGGCUUUUUUUGGUUUGUUUUUUUGUUUUUUGUUUUUUGCAGUGUAGCAGGCUCGAUUUUUCUUCCAUUUUAUUUCAAAUUGUAUGAAAGUGCCAUUUUAGAUAUGCGGGAAUUAGUCUGAUUGUUCUUUCCAAUUUUUUUCUUUUUUUUUCUUCAAUGAGAAAGAUGUAGCGAAGUGUUCCCUUCGCGCUUAUAUAAGUGUUGGAGACAUCAAAAGCUAAAAAUAAAAUCAGAUGAUCUAACUAAUUGAGGGACGUGUGUGGAUAAGGAAUUGAGAUCUGGGGUAGCUCCUGUUCAAGCAUGCUCUGGGCUCUCUUGUCUUUAUCAAUCUUUAUAUUUUCACAGGGAAAGAUUGGAGUCAUGGGUGUGACUGAGUCUUUGAAGAAUGGCGACCCACAAUCCGUUGAGUAUCAUGUCCAUGCGCUCCGUAAUGAUCUCUAUAGUGAUGCCUGUUUCUUAAAAGUUAUUGGUAAGUCCGCACAAUUAAAAUGUGCAAACUGGCUGCAUUGAUAAAUCAGUAUUUCCUCAGUCAAUUGUGACAUUCUGGGAACAUAUUGAUGAUAGGUGACUGCGGGACAAUACAGAAAAGUGAAAAAGGAAAAAGAAAAAAAGAACGUUGAUACAAACGGAAUAAUCAGCUUAAAACAAAUACAAAUUUAUCAUUUUCGGCCUGUAUGGCCUUUGUGGCCUGUUGGGUCUGUCACGUGUCAUGCCAUGGAACGACCAAUACACAUAUCUUUUUGCGAAAAGAUGGCGCAUUUCCGUUCGUUGCGCAGUCUUUCACGGCAAAGUAUCAGGCUUGACUCCAACACAAGCACGAAUUAAACGGUUCAUGGGGUCACACGUUUUAAAUAUGCGAUGAAGGAAUCUUGUGUAAUGCCUUUGAGAGAAGAAUAUGUCAUUGCAAGGGACAUAUUAUUUUCUCUCGACAAGGAGGGUUUUUUUUACCAUACCUUAGAGAAGUUAAAGAAAGUCCAGUUUUCGUGGCGCCAGAUUUACUGAUAAAUGUUCUAGUGGCAGAGGUAAACAAAAGAACUUUUUUUCUAACCAAGCGUUUUUAAAUCAGUCGUAGGAGGCAGAACGUUAACUUCUUGUGAAAAUGAAAACCUGGUAAGUUUCCAAGAUUCUCUUUUGUAUUUCACUGACUUGCUUGGAUUGAUCCCUUCUGAUUUUAAAUUUGGUAUACAAUACAAUAUACAAUAUUUAUUUGCCAUAUACGACAUUUACACAUGGAAAAAAAAAAAUGAAGAAAAUUGAUGACAGAAAAUAAAUGGCGAGAAAACCUGAAAGAAACCACGAGGCUUAUAACAAGUCAGGCUUUCUCACUUAAAAUAACUGAUCUUAUAUUAGAAUUACAAUAUGGACUUAUGGUAAUUAACUUUGACCGCGCACACGUACACACACACACACGCACACACAUAUUAACUAAGUUAGUUAAGAAUUACUGCCUUACAGAAGCUAAUACUUAGAGAGAAGAAAUUCCUUAAGCUUUCUUUUAAAAGAAGCGGAGGAGGGAGAACUAGUUAUGUCAGAAUUUAACGAAUUAUAAAAGUUUGGACCUUGAAAGUAAAUUGAAAACUUCCUGGUGUUCGUUCUGCACAGUGGCAAACGGAAGGACUGAGCAUUCCUAGUAUUAUAAUUGUGGAUUUGACUAUUCAGUAAAAAAAAAAAGUUUGAAUUUGGAAGGGAGUGUAGAGUUCUCGAAUGAAAACAUAAAAGUACCUAAUUGAAACGAAUGGAUAUCAUGAAAUUUUAAGAGUUUAAGUUCCUUUAAAAUAGGGCCAGUAUGGGCAAUGUAUGUAGAAUUGCUUACUAUUCUUAACGCACGUUUCUGUAAGGUUACAAUUCUUUGAAGGUUUGACUUAUAGGUACCAGCCCAAGCUAAAUUGCAAUAAUACAAAUAUGGAAGGAUCAUAGAAUUGUAUAAAAAGUACGAAGGGAGUGAGUAGAGAAAAAAACCUAGAUUUAUGAAUAAUACCUAUAGAUUUGGAUAAUUUAUUUGCUGUUAAGGAUAUAUGCGAUUUCCAGGUCAAAUUGUCAUCUAAUAAAACACCCAAAAACAUGGUCUCAGAAACACGAAGAAUAGGCUGCUCAUUUAUAAAACCUGAAAUUCAAAGGAUUGCUUCUUUUGCCAAGGCUUGAAUACCAUAAAAUUAGUCUUGGCUAAAUUCAAGGAGAGCCGGUUUGCUGCAAACCAGGUUGACAAUUUGUUUAAUUCUCUAUUUAAUGUGUUAAUUAGGUAAACAGGAUCAUUAUGGGAGAUAAAUAAGUUUGUAUCAUCAGCAAACAAGGUUGCAUCAAGCAGGGAAGCAUUGUUCAAAUCAUUAACAUACAGGAUAAAAAAUAAGGGACCAAGAAUAGAACCUUGAGGCACCCCACAGGGAAUCCCCUGUGGGGCAGAUCUAACGUUAUUAAAUUCGACAAAUUGUGUCCUCUCAGAAAAAUAACUUUUGACCCAUUCUAGUGCCAGACCACGGAUCCCAUAAUAAUUGAGUUUGUCAAAAAGAAUGUCGUGAUUUACCGUAAGAUCGAAAGAUCUAGGAAUGGCAUGUUCUUUUCUAUCAAAUGCAGAAGAAAUUUUGUCACACAAAUCGAUAAGCGCAAGGCUAGGAGAGCGAUUUUUUCUAAAGCCAUAUUGAUUAUCACAUAAGACAUCGGAGUCAUUGAGAUAAUUUAUAAUACGGUUGUAAAUUAUUCGUUCCAAAAACUUUGAAAAGCACGGUAGAACAGAAAUAGGUCUGUAGUUGCUGAAGAGAGCUUUGUCACCUGAUUUAAAAAUAGGUAUGACACGAGCAAUUUUCAAAUCAUCCGGAACGAUACCAUGAGUAAUGGAGAGAUUUACAAUGUGUGUUAAUGGAGAGGAAACGCUGCAUAUAGAUCGCUUUAUGAUAGACAUAGGGAUAUUGUCAUACCCAGCCGAUUUUCCCGCCGGAAACGUAGAUGCGAUAUCUAUAAUCUCCUCCUGAGUUGCUAAAUUUAGGAACAUUGACUGAGGGAAAUGACCAGGAAGAAAAUUCUUAUACGAGGUCGUAGGUUGAAUUCGUUUAGCGAGGUUUGGUCCAAUAUUGCUGAAGUAAUGACAAAAUCGAUUAGCAAUCUCCAUUGGGUCAGAAAUAUCUUGAUCAUCAACCUAAACACAGAGUUGGGUUUAGGUCUCAAUUUCUUGCUGUUUAGUACCUCAUUAAGCAGACGCCAAGUGGCUCUUAUAUUGGAUUUUGACUCGCUUAGCCUCUUAUCAUAAUAUAAACGUUUCGCGAUUCGUAGGGAGUGAUUCAGUUUGUUCUUAUAAGUUUUAUAUUUCGCUUCGUUCCAGAGAGAGGGGUUUGAAAUAUACUGCUUGUAUAGUUUGUUUUUCUGCUUGACAGAUUUAAGUAAGCCCUGGGAUAUCCACGGUUUCCUAAAGUGAAGGCGACGCUUAAGUUUCUUCAAAGGAAAAUGUGUUUCGUAAGCUUUAGUGUAUCGCUCAAGAAAUUUGCUGUAGCAGAUUUUAGGAUCAUUAUACCCGUCUAUAUUGAGCCAAUCAAUACAAUCUAAUUCCUCUAGGAAGUUGGAAAUGUUUAGCUCGCUUUUGUCACGGACAAAUAUGUUCUCUUGGUGUUCGCGGGUACACUUAUGAUCGAAGCAAAUGGAAAAGAUAGGCAGAUGGUCCGAAAUAUCCGUUAUUAAUAGUCCAGACUUCAAAUAACUGUGCUCGACAUGGUUAGAAAAAAUGUUGUCAAUCAGAGUUGCAGUGUGAGAAGUAAUUCGGGAAGGUAACGUGAUUAACGGAAAAAACAGGUGAGAAUACAGGCCAUCUAGGAAUUCCCCGGUGGCGUUGUGGUUUUGAUUUUUUUAGCAGAUUCAAAUUAAAAACUCCCAUUAUAUAGCAUAUCUUGUUGUCCCGAGAUAUUUUCCCUAAUAUUUCGUUCAUUCUGGUCACGAAAUCAUUUACAUUUUGAUUUGGAGGGCGAUAAAUUAUACCAACAAUGAUAUUUUCUCAUGGGGUCGAAUGAUCUCAAUGAACAAUGCUUCCAUCACCUCAGCUUCAUCAGCAUAAAUAUCGGUGCGAAUUCUAAAAUCAAGAUUGUCUGAUACAUACAAGCCAACACCUCCACCCGAUUUAACAGAGCGAUUUUUGUAAACAAAGUUAUAACCAUCAAUUUCGACUCCAACUGGUGAAUCCAUUAACCAGGUUUCAGUUAUCCCAACAACGGAGAAUUUUAUAUCUAGAGAGGUUAGAAGGGUCGAUAGUUCAUCAACCUUUUUUUGAAGGCUUCGAAUAUUUAAAUGGAACAAUGAAAGAUGAUUCGAUUGUUCACGACUAAUCAUGAUUUCUUUUUGAAGAGUAUCGUUAAAUUUAUCUUCUACAUAAUAAGAACACCCGCCGUCAAUAUUAAAAUGUAUGUCAGGGUCUAGAUCAUCCGAACGAAUUAAGAACCGCUCAAAAUCGGAACUCAAAGGAUUGAUAAAUAAGUUAGAUAGUCUCUCGGGAUCGAAAUGAACAGGUCCAUUUCUGAAUUCAUAAAUCACCGCAGCAAAAUCACUGUCAUCUAAGUGACUAAACGGUAAAUUGGUAAGCGACAUUAUCGUUAUUUAGUAAAUAAACUUAGCUGGGCUCUGCACUACGUCUUUCCUUUAUAACCAGUCUGUCCAACACGAAGUAUGCCGUCUUCCCGGCUCUCUUUGCCGCAUUCAGCUCAUCAACCUGCCUUUUCCGCUUUUCGAUGGUCUCAUUUGCGAGAUCUUCAUUCACAAAUAUACCAGAUGGUUUUAUCCUUCGGGCGGCUCUAAGAAUAUCAUCCUUCUGCCUCCAGUCGCGCAGACGACACACAAUGGUUCAUGGGCGUGUGUUGAUACCAUCAGCAGCACCUGAUCUUGGUCUUACUCCGGUGCGAUGCGCUCGCUCGAUCAUCGGCUCAAAGCUCAGGUUUAGUUUCUCCUGUAGUACUUUCUUCACCUUUGUUUCAGUAUUCAGCCAGGUCUCGUUGUGUUGUUCGGGAAUUCCAUCGAUGCGGACAUUGUUUCUACGGCUUUGGUUCUCAAGGUAUACCAAUUUUUCUUCUUGUUUAUGUAACCCUGUUUGGAUGUCAUCAAGUUCUUCUUCCAUUUCGUCUAUGGCGUCUGCAGCUUCCUUCAAGUCGUCAAUAUCUUGUUGUGAAUAUUCUAGGCUCGCUUUUAGUUCCGCGACAGAUUUGACAACCUUGUCGAUUCUUGUAUUUACAGAAGACAGAACCGACUCAAACAUGUUCUUAAACAUCCGUUCCUGCAUCUGGAGCAUCUCCCUCAGAGUCGCUAGAGAAACGAACUCGGUGCUCGAAGCGUUUGUGUCUUUUCCAGUGUUAGAAUCUUUUCCAGUAGAAUUCAUAGAGGUUUUAGCAUUCCGCGUCAGCAUGUUAAAUGGAUCACUUGACAGUAAGGCAAUAUAUAGUAAAGACAAAAACUUACAACAAGUCAUGAGUAAACGAAGAAAGGUAAUAGAUAACGCAGGUCAAGACGCCGUGGCCGGCGGCCAUAUUGCAUAAAUUAAUUCCCCGUAGUAUAAGUUAUAUUCUCCGAAAAAAUCAGAAGCAAUAUGCCAGUUUUUCGAUAAACGUGGCUAGUUUUUGUCGUCCAAGCGGGCCACCACUGUGCCCAACAAAUUGAUCGACAGUCAGCACUACAAACGGCAUAGAAGGAAAAUACCGAUCGCAUUCCAUUCACUCUCACAUUUCACCCCCACAUUUGCGUAGUUAAAUUAGUCAUUCUUAGAAACGUUAAAUUACUUCAAAACGAUUCAGAGACUGGUACUAUCUUUUCGCAACCUUGUCUAAUUUCAUUCAAACGCGUCAAAAAUAUCGGCAACUUUUUCGUUAGAAGUUCAUUUCAAACCAAUGACCAACUUGGAACUUUCAAAUGCGAUACACGCAUGCAAAACUGUAUAACAUAUAUAAUAAUAUAAACAUGUAUAACGUAGAGAAAAUACCGGGAACCAAGAAAUCCAUGAAGAUCACUGAUCACUUCACGUGCACCUCUGCCAAUGUCAUCUACUGCAUAACUUACACUUGUUGCAAGAAUUUAUACAUCGGUGAAACAGGAGGACGACUAGAUGACCGAUUCUGAUUCUUCACACUGCAUAUAGUAUAACUGAUAUGAUUUAUGGGAUGAAUUUAGAGGCAUUCUGAAGGAGACGUAAUUUUUAUCGUCAUUGUCCUAGCCUUACGGUGUAAGUUUGACUGGACCAUACAUGAGGUACACCACCACAAGUACAGACGGGAAAAUAAAGUACGGCAAUGGUAAGUUGGACGGCAUUGAUGACUGUGUAGAAGGUAAACACUGGUGUGUAUACUAUGACAGGAGAACUUUUUUACUGUGAGCAGUUGAAUUGACGUAUGCUAUACGUCUGACAGCUUUCAUAUGCCUUCUUCGCAUGUAGAGUAGGCGUUAUUUUUGGCCUUAAAGUGGACCCAAAGGCGAGGCGUGCGCGACACCCGAGUCGCGCGCGAGACAAAGAGUUACUUGCUCCUUUCUUUUGUCCGCCCAUUUGAGAGUCGCAAAACUAGCACUUGUUCUGAAUGCUUGAUUCGUUCUUUCUUUCUUUGUUUCCACGUAGUCUAUAUUGCCCUGUGUUUAGUUGGAAUAGACCAUUCCUAUUUUUUCCCCCCGCUGGAUUUUCCCUUUGCUUACGAAUGUUGAUUGCUUUGUUUGUUAUUUUUUCAGCCGCUCAGCUGUCUCAGUCAGCUUACUUUGCCCUUCAAUGUCCUUACACUGUGUUUGGCUUGGGAAGAACACCCAACUUUGUUGAUGAGCUUGCUGUAGGAAUUCCAAGAUCAAAAGGCUCUGUAAGGCUAACUGAUCAUUGUCUCUGCCCCAAGUCUUUUAAGAACACAUAAAUAAAAGCCGUGCCAAGAGAUGUAGCACUCAACGGCUUUUUCUUAACGUGGUCGAAAGUCUUCCCUCUCGGAGUAUUAUUUUCACAAGAACAGGCGCUCGCUAUCCUUGCGCUUCACGUGACUACAUAGGGUAAAGAUAAUAAAAUGAAAUGAAGAGAAAAAAAUACUGCUGAGGCUCCUUUCUAUUUUUUUAUAUCUCGUUUUAAAAUUGUUCUUCAUCCUCACAUGUAAUUUUUAUUUGUUGCAGUCUGAAAGAAAACGUGUAUGGAGUUCUAUUAUACCGAAUUCACAAGUCAUCGUGGUUCCUUACCCGCCCGAUAGCCUCUCAAGGUGACAAAGAGACUAUUAAAUCUUCACAUGAAUAAAACACUUUCCUUGCUGAUUAUCCUAAAUUAGACAGGCAACUUGGUUGUUUGAUCGAGUCCUGUGAACUAAAAAAAUACUGUUAUAAAGUGCUGAAAAGAAAGCUUUUUCAAGACAACUAAACAGCGAUAUUCCAAAAGUUAAGAAACGUUUCCUUAUUUCAAGUUUCAUUUUUGUUUUAGUUGGACUGCAAAGUUGUUCGUUACCCCAAGCAAACUGGUGUUAUUGACAGGUGUCAGUCUUUUGGGCAUCUGUGUCUUUAUUGGUCUUGUUAUCUUGUUGUUGCAUCUCAAGGAGAAGGUAAGCGAAUUUCAGCCGAUUAUACGAAACACUUUAUUAUUAUUGUUUCUCACUUCGAUUGAAAUCCACCAAGUUUUGUUUAAUUUUUCACCCGAAAUUUCCUGCGAGAUGUGUUCAAUGUUUCUCAUCAAAUUUUGUUUUGAGAGGCGAUGAGAAUUAAAGAAAUUGGCCAUCAAGCUGACUGGAAAAAUGUGUCUUGAUAUUACGUGAAAUUACAAAUAUUCUGGAAAAAGGUCUGAGACAAGCGUAUAUAGCUGUGAGUGGAUUGACAAAUGGUCCAUUGCUCCCCCUCCAAUACAAACGUUUGCCAUAAAGCCUUUCCACUGUUUUGAAUUCCCUAACGACAGAACAUGUUUCUUUUCGCUUGUAAUUAUGGCUUUGCGGGAGGUUACCAUUUUGGAUUUUUUAGGUGCAUCGGGUGACAAAAAGGCGUGUUUUCUUUUCUCUUCCAGAGAGAGGACCAAAGAGAGAAGCGCCAAGACGCACACAAAUUCCAUUUUGAUGCCAUGUGA